AUGAAAAUUUAUCAAAUAUUAGGUACUUCGAUAGCUAUACCUGGUUGUAGUAUACUGGAAGCACUAAAUGCUCUUCCACCUGGUGCAAUUUUGUCAGCAUCUUACAUAGGUCUCACUGGAUCAGCGCUACUUUCAUUAGUUUCAUUGCCUUUUAGAAAUACCAUUGGUUUUUUAUAUGUGAGUAAAAAUAAUGAAAAAGUUAAAAUAUCUUCAAUGGACUUUUGGGGACGAAGAAGAGACAAAACCAUACCAGUUGAUGACUGGAUUCCAUUACUUGAAUUGAGCCCUAAGAAAAUGGAUCCUUUGUAUCUUACACCUCAAAUUGCAGAUGGAUCAAAAUAUAAGUUAUUUAUUAAGUUUGGAAAUAUUAUGAAUCAAACAAAAAUGAGUCUAGUUUUAGAAUAA